UUUUGGACAUAUCUUCCUUUGAACCAAAGCAAAAUCAGUGGUGUCCUACCAUUAAGAAUCAUAGUACACCGCAUCCACAGUGCCACGGUUUACAAUGAAUCCAGUCUAUUUUCUUCUCCAGGUGCAAUUUCUGCUCAGUAUUUUGUUAAGCUUCUGUUUGGGCCUGGAGUUUACUGGAGCUCCAGGACAGUGGGCCCGCUAUGUACGCUGGGAUGCCAGCACCAGAAGUGACCUCAGCUUUCAGUUUAAAACAGAUGUCUCUGAUGCCAUGAUCUUGUACUUUGAUGAUGGUGGAUAUUGUGACUUCCUGCAGCUAAUGAUCAUUGAGGGAAAGCUUCAGCUGCGGUUCAGCAUUGACUGUGCAGAGACCGUUGUUACAUCUGACAAGAGAGUCAAUGAUAGCAACUGGCACUUCACCACACUUAGCCGGUACAACCUGAGGACUGCCCUGCGGUUGGACAGCGAGAUCAAGGCGGAUGAGGUCAAGCCACAGCGGCAGUUUAUGAAGAUUGUUAGUGACCUUUUCUUAGGAGGUGUUCCACUGGACAUCCGAACCUCAGCACUAACACAGCCAAGGGUGAAGGAACAGCCGCCAUUUAAGGGAAUUAUUACAGAUCUGAAGUAUGGGAACACAGAACCCAGGCUUAUCAACAGUCACAGGGUACGCUUGGACAUGGAGGGUCUUUGCGCAGAGAGCCCCUGUGUCAACGGAGGUAUCUGCUCCAUAGCAGAUGGGGAACUGCUCUGUGAUUGUUCCAAUACAGGAUAUAUAGGCCGUUUCUGCGAAAAAGAUUCAACAGACGAAGCGAGUACUCCAGGUUUCUUGAAUUUGAUGAUGGGCGAUCAAGCAAGAGAGGAAAAUGUAGCCACCUUCCGUGGUUCUGAGUACUUCUGCUACGACCUGUCACAGAACCCCAUCCAAAGCAGCAGUGAUGAGAUCACACUCUCCUUCAAGACAUGGCAACGCAACGGUCUCAUUCUGCACACGGGCAAGUCAGCUGAUUAUGUGAACCUAGCGCUGAAGGCUGGUGCCGUCUCCCUUGUCAUCAACCUGGGCUCUGGGGCUUUUGAGGCCAUCGUGGAGCCCGUCAAUGGCAAAUUCAACGAUAACGCGUGGCAUGAUGUCAAGGUCACGCGCAACCUGCGACAGGUGACUAUAUCCGUGGAUGGCAUCCUGACCACCACAGGCUACACCCAGGAAGACUACACCAUGCUUGGAUCGGAUGACUUCUUCUACGUGGGAGGAAGCCCAAGCACAGCCGACUUACCUGGCUCUCCUGUCAGCAACAAUUUCAUGGGCUGCCUGAAAGAGGUCGUCUACAAAAACAAUGAUAUUAGACUAGAACUGUCACGAUUGGCCAGGAUCGCGGACCCCAAGAUGAAGAUCCAAGGCGACGUAGUGUUCAAGUGCGAGAAUGUACCCACCCUGGACCCUAUCUCCUUUGAAACACCUGAAGCCUACAUCAGCCUCCCCAAAUGGAACACCAAGCGUAUGGGCUCCAUUUCCUUUGACUUUCGGACCACAGAGCCUAACGGUCUCAUCCUUUUCACCCAUGGGAGGCCCCAGGACCGGAAGGAGGCCCGCAACCAGAAGAACACCAAGGUGGAUUUCUUUGCAGUAGAACUUCUAGAUGCCCACCUUUACUUGCUCCUGGACAUGGGAUCUGGGACAAUCAAAGUGAAGGCCACCCAGAGCAAAGUGAACGAUGGCACCUGGUAUCAUGUGGACAUACAGAGGGAUGGAAGAUCAGGUACUAUUUCAGUGAAUAGCCGCCGCAUUCCCUUCACAGCUAGCGGGGAGAGUGAGAUCCUUGAUCUGGAGGGCGAUAUGUACCUGGGAGGAUUACCUGAGAACCGGGCAGGCUUGGUGCUGCCCACUGAGCUGUGGACAGCGAUGCUCAACUAUGGCUAUGUAGGCUGCAUUCGGGACCUCUUCAUUGACGGGCGCAGCAAGGACAUCCGACGUAUUGCUGAAGCCCAAAGUGGUGCUGGGAUUAAGCCGUCUUGUAGCAAAGUCAGUGGGAAGCAAUGCGACAGUCACCCAUGCAAGAAUGGUGGCGUCUGCAAGGAGGGUUGGAACCGCUUUAUCUGCGACUGCACCGGAACUGGCUUCUGGUCCAGGACUUGUGAAAGAGAGGCCUCCAUCCUGAGCUACGACGGCAGCAUGUACAUGAAGGUGGCAAUGCCAUCUGCUAUGCACACGGAGGCAGAGGACGUGUCUCUGCGCUUCAUGUCCCAGCAUGCCUACGGCCUGCUUAUGGCUGCCACGUCUCGCGACUCCGCAGACACACUGCGCCUCGAGUUGGACGGCGGCCGUGUCAAGCUCACUGUCAACCUAGAUUGUAUCAGGAUAAACUGUAACUCCAGCAAAGGACCAGAGACGCUGUUUGCAGGACAAAAGCUCAAUGACAAUGAAUGGCAUACGGUCCGCGUAAUUCGACGUGGUAAAAACUACAAGCUCAUGGUUGAUGAUGAUGUGGCUGAAGGUCAAAUGGUGGGUGACCACACACGUCUGGAGUUCCAUAACCUGGAGACAGGCAUCAUGACAGAGCGCCGCUUUGUCUCCUCUGUGCCAUCGAGCUUCAUUGGCCACCUGCAGAGCUUCAAGUUCAAUGGCAUGCUCUACAUUGACCUAUGCAAGAAUGGUGACAUAGACUUCUGUGAGCUCAAUGCCCACUUUGGCCUGCGUUCCAUUGUGGCAGAUCCUGUCACCUUCAAGACCAAGAGCAGCUAUUUGGGCCUGUCCACUCUUCAGGCCUACACCUCCAUGCACCUCUUCUUCCAGUUCAAGACCACGACCCCAGAUGGCUUCAUCUUUUAUAACAGUGGUGAUGGCAACGACUUCAUCGCGGUAGAGUUGGUGAAGGGGUACAUUCAUUACGUGAUCGAUCUGGGCAACGGUCCCAGCCUCCUCAAAGGGAACAGUGAUCGUGCUUUGAACGACAAUCAGUGGCACAACGUGGCCAUCACCCGUGACAGCAGCAACAUGCACACGCUCAAGGUGGAUGCUAAAACCGUCACUCAGGUUGUCAAUGGAGCCAAAAACCUAGACCUAAAGGGAGACCUCUUUGUGGCCGGUCUAGGCCCAGGCAUGUACAACAACCUACCCAAGCUGCUGGCCUCCCGCACUGGUUUCCAGGGCUGCCUGGCCUCUGUGGACCUCAAUGGACGCUUGCCCGACCUCAUCAAUGACGCACUGUUCCGCAGCGGCCAGGUUGAGCGCGGCUGUGAAGGUCCGAGCACCACCUGCCAGGAGGAUUCUUGCGCCAACAUGGGCGUGUGCAUCCAGCAGUGGGAGAACUUCACCUGCGAUUGUUCCAUGACCUCCUAUGCCGGCACUCAGUGCAAUGACCCGGGGACCACCUUCAUCUUUGGCAAAGGCGGUGGGCUCAUCACGUAUACAUGGCCCAAUAACGAACGUCCCAGCACGCGCACCGACCGGCUCACGGUGGGUUUUAGCACCACCCUGAAGGAUGGCAUCCUGGUCCGCAUUGACAGUGCCCCUGGGUUGGGAGAUUACAUCAUGCUUCACAUUGAGCAAGGCAAAGUUGGUGUCACCUUCAACAUUGGCACAGUGGACAUCAGUGUUCGGGAAGCUAACCCAGUGAAUGACGGGAAGUACCAUGUUGUGCGGUUUGGGAGGAAUGGAGGCAAUGCCACACUGCAGGUGGACAACUGGCCAAUCAACGAGCACUUCCCUACAGGCAGCAGCGACAUUGAGCGUUCUCAAACGACUAAUAAGAAAAUCACAUUCAAAUAUACCCGCCCAGUAGAAGAAUGGCUACAAGAGAAAGGUCGGCAGCUAACCAUCUUCAAUACUCAGGCGAGCAUUACAAUAGGUGGGACAGACCGGGGUCGCCCAUACCAAGGCCAGUUGACAGGCCUGUACUACAACGGGCUAAAGGUGCUCACCAUGGCAGCAGAGCGCAAUCCCAACAUCCGGACCAAUGGCAGCGUGCGCCUGGUGGGAGAGGUGCCCUCCGCCUCGGGCUCGGCAACCACCACCACCUCACUGCCUCCUGAGAUGUCCACCACCUUCAUCGAGACCACCACUACUCUGUCCACGACCACCACCCGCAAGCAGCGCUCCUCGCCAACCAUCCAGCCCACGACAGAUGACAUUGUGUCAUCAGCUGAGUGCUCCAGUGAUGACGAAGACCUGGAGGAGUGCGACUCAGGACAUGCAGAUAAGACCUUGUCUACGUCGGCUUUUGAAGGUGGUUACAAAGCUCACGCACCUAAGUGGGAAGCCAAGGACUUUAGGCCUAGCAAGGCCUCCGAGACGGGCAGGACUACCAGCACACCCCUGUCACCCGUUGUGGGCGGCACCACAGCGCAGCCCUCCAUGCCCAAGCUGCCCGCAGGAAAAAUGGACAACCGGGAGCCAAAGCCCCAGCCUGAUGUGGUCCUGCUCCCUCUGCCCACAGCCCAAGAGGCCGAUGGCACCAAGCCCCGUAGCCCACCAAUCACUUCUCCCAUGUUCCGUAACGUGCCAGUGGCCAGCCCAACAGAGCCUGGCAUUCGACGGGUCCCUGGGGCAUCUGAGGUGGUGCGAGAGUCAAGUAGCACCACUGGCAUGGUGGUGGGUAUUGUAUCAGCGGCUGCUCUGUGCAUCCUCAUCCUGCUCUAUGCCAUGUACAAGUACAGGAACAGAGACGAGGGCUCCUACCAAGUGGACGAAACCCGCAACUACAUAAGUAACUCUGCACAGACAAACGGCACUGUGGUGAAAGACAAACAGCAAGGCGCAAAGAGCGCAAGCAAGAAACCGAAAGAUAAGGACAAGGAGUAUUAUGUGUAAAAUUUUCACUAAAAAUAUAUCUACUGAAGAACUACCUAACAAAACUUUCACCAUAUUUGACGUUGUGGUUCAUGGUGAAAAUCAACUGCACAAUCAGUGAACAUGAAAAUGCACUGUAAUAUAAAGCACACUUACAAUUGUAAGCAUAUCAAGAAGGGGGUAUUUGCAACAUUGGCAUUGCCAUUUUUCUUCUACCUGGUCUGACGAAUUGUCAGUGUGGAAUAUUUCACCACUUCAUCAUUAUCCUAACUGACUCUGAGAGGUAUGUGAUCCUUUGGCGUUAACCUUAUUCGUCAUAACCCUCUACGAGAAAAUAAGAAUUUGGGCUAUUUCGAGCAUGUAUGUGACAUUUUCCUGGUGUCUUUACAAGA